AUGGGCCUAGAUGGGAGCUCUUCGGCCUUCUGCUCAGGACUCCGGGAGGCGCUGAGGCCAGGGAUGAGGCGCAUGCGCACCUCCACCAGGCAGCGGCGGGGCUGCUGCUGUGGCGGCGCCCGCGCAGGUAGCAGUAGCAGCAGCAGUGCGCGCCCCCGCGGCCUUGGCCUUGCGUGGCGGGAGGGCGGCGCGGGCGAGGAGUGCUGCGUGUGCGGCGGGUGGCGAGGCCGGGCGGGCGGCUCGCCCCACCAGCUGGCGGAGAGGUACGCGGACUUGGCCGCCAGCCAGGCGGAAGCGCUGAGGGCCGGGGAAGAGCGCGACCGGCAGAACCGGCGCCUCCGCGACGAGAACGCGCGGCUGAGGCAGGAGAACCGGCGCCUGCGCAGAGAAAACCGGAGCCUUUUCCGCCAGGCCUUGAAGCUCCAGUACCAGCGCGCGGAGGAGGAGGCGGCGGAAGCGGAAGCCGAGGGCGCCACUUCCGCUCAGGAAAAGCAGCCAGGGCACAAAAGGGAAGAGGGAGAUGGCCAGGAAACCCAGUCGGCCUGAAGGGGGACAGAGUGGUCAACAGGCCUCGCCUGCCUUGCCUUUUCUCCCCAACAUUCAGGAAGGGGCUUCAUACUAUCAUUGAAAUCCUGAAGCAUCGCCUUGAGCCAGAGGAGCUUCACCUGAUGAGUUCCAGUCAGGCCUCCUUAUCCACUGGUUCAAUUAUCCACAGCUCCACCUGAUAUCUUCCAGUCAAGCCUCCUUAUCCAUGGGUUCAACUAUCCACAGCACCUGAUGUGUUCCAGUCAGGCCUCCUUAUCCACUGGUUCAAUUAUCCACAGCUCUACCUGAUGUUUUCCAGUCAAGCCUCCUUAUCCACGGGUUCAACUAAACACAGCACCUGACAUGUUCUAAUCAGACCUCCUUAUCUACAGGUUCAAUUAUCCACAGCUCCACCUGAUAUUUUCCAGUCAGACCUCCUCACCCACAGGUUCAGCUAUCCACAGCUCCACCUGAUAUGUUCUAAUCAGGCCUCCUUAUCCACGGGUUCAAUUAUCCACAGCUCUACCUGAAAUGUUCCAGUCAGGCCUCCUCAUUCACAGGUUCAACUAUCCACAGCUCCAGCUGAUAUGUUCCAGUCAGGCCUCUUUAUCCACGGCUUCAAUUAUCCACAGCUCUACCUGAUAUGUUUCAGUCAAGCCUCCUUAUCUGCAGGUUCAACUAUCCACAACUUGAAGAUAACCCAGAAUAAUUCCAAAAUGUAAACCAUAACAUUGCUCUUUUAUAUAAAGGAUACUAUUUUCCAGUACCUUUAUAUAUUAUGGGAUUCGCACAUCUAUGGAUUUUUCUGUCCUGAGAUACCAAGGGGCCACUGUACUUAUUGUCCCUUUGCAACUGACAAGAGAACAAUAAUAUACCCUGCACCCUCUCUGGGUGCCAAACACCAUUGUCAGUGAGAAUAAAAGCAAAUGGGAAGCAGAAGUUUCGUGUCUCCUGCUUUGCUUGCUUGUACUGCAUAUGUUACAAUUAGGGUUGCCUUGGCCCCUUCCACACAGUUGAAUUAAAUCUCAGUUUCUGGUUUGAACUGAUAUAUAUGGCAGUGUGGACUCACAUAAAGCAGUUCAAAGCAGAUUUUGUGGGAUUUUCUGCCUUAAUAUUCUGAGUUAUAUGGCUGUAUGGAAGGGCCCCUAGUUUUGCCUGAUCCAGAAAUAUGAGGGCCUGUUGAUGUGCCAGCUGGACACCUGCAUUUUGUAUUCCUUGCUUUUGUAACAAGCAUCAAAAUACUUCAUGGAUGAUUUUUAAUAAUACAACAAGAAUGUGGCAUUAGUAGCACUCUUUUUGUAAAACUUGAAUUGCUGUACAGGUUGAGCGUCCCUCAUUCCAAAAUGUGAACUUCAAAACUGUCUACGUGGGGGAUUGAGAUAUUGCCACUUCUGCUUUUGGAUGGUUCAAUGGACACAAACAUUAUUUCAUGCAAAAAAUUAUUGCAAAUGUUAUGUACAAAAUAACCUACAGGCAAUGUGUAUGGGAUGUAUGGAAAACAUCUAUGAAGCAACAACAAAUGGAUGUUGUACAGAAGAGCUGAUAGCUACUUAUCAAAUUGCAGGCACUAUAUGUUUUUUUUCUGGUUAACAUAUCUUUCCAUGGUUGAUGCAAAAUGAAUUUAUAGCCUACUGACACUCACAUCCCCUUUGGUCAUUUGUAGGUGUUGAUGUUUUGUGUUAUCUAUUUGCACUCAUAAUAAACUCUUUAAACAUC